UACGAUAAAACCAAACAAAAGCCGUCCGACAUUUUCAGCUUUGGACUUUUGAACGCAAAAGUUAGUGGUUGCUGUCUUGUCUCGUCUCGUUUUUGGGUCAAAAAAUAAAAACCAAACAAAAAACAAACUGGACUUCGAAAUAACGACGAGAUGGAGAACCACCAAUCAACAUCCGCCACGUACACCACCAUCCCUAUCUCAGCUUCUGACGUCCUCUCCCGCUCCCUUCACAAUCUUUCCGUCACCCUCUCCCGGCACCUCCGCCCCUGGCCUCAGCUCUUGGGCUCCGGUUCCCAAUCUUUCUCCCGUCCCCACUCUUUUCUAUCUCACGCUUCUGCUAACAUGCAUUAUUUUCGCGCCAAUUAUGCCGUGGUGAUCGCCGCCACAUCCGCCUUCUCACUCAUCGGUUCUCCACUUUCCCUCCUCCUCUGCUCGGCCGUUUUCGCUCUUUGGCUCCUCCUCUACUUUUUUCGGGAGGAUCCACUCGUGUUAUGGGGCCACAGUGUCAACGAUCGCUUCGUGCUGCUAGUUUUAGCUUUCCUUUCUGUGCUGGCCGUCUGGAUUUGCGGAGUAUUUCAAAAUUUGUCCUUAGGGUUAGGGAUUGGGGUCCUCGUCUGCGGCGUCCACGCUCUUCUUAGAAACUCCGAUGGACUCUUUCUCGAUGAAAACGACGCCGUGUCCACAGGAUUGGUCCGCUCUGCUCCAUCUUCGACUACUACAAAUUUGUAGAAAUUUAAAAUUUCUUCUCAUUUUUAAUUCAAAAUUGUGGGUCAAAGAGUCGGAAUUGAGAGGUUUGCUUUGAUUUUUCUUUUUUUUUCCAUUGAUUUGAAAUUUGAAGUUUGUCUGAUUCUUUUUGAAGUUUUGUGUUCAAGCUUUGCAUCAUAGUAUUGUAAUCUGUUUACUACAGCAGUUAAACUGAGAUCAAAAUUGUUGUUUUCUUCA